AUGUUUUGGAUUCGCUGGUCUUUUGCCGGCUACAUUAACAGGUGGGACAUACAGGAGCUAAGAGAUCACGUAAACUAUAUAAUAUAUUAUCCAAAUUAUUUAACUGUAGAAGAAGCGUAUAACGUUUUAAAAGUUGAUCUAAUACUGCAAAAUGAUGUGUCGAUUACUGAUACAGAUUUGCUACAAAAUAACCUUCAUGGAUUGCUAGAAUUAAUUAAUGAAUUCCUAGAAUCCAUUAUACAAAGAUUACAGAUGUUCAUGACAGAGAUGCACGAAGAAUUCGAAACUGAAGAAAAUUUUGAACAGAUUGAAUCAUUAAGUUUAUUUGACUACUCUUCAGACAUUCCCGAACAUGAUUUUCCUUACGAUCAAAUUCGCAUACUGCCUUGAAACCAUGAAGUGUUAAAUCUCGUAAUAAAAUAAAAUACAAUGGACAAUACGAAUUUCAAUAC